GAUAUUUCCUCCUGACGUGGAUGAAAAGUAGAAAGUACAAGUACCUCAAAAUGUACUGAAGUACAGCUCUGUGGUGAAAGUACUGGGUUUGGCCACGUUGAACCUUUAGACCGUUUUUAAUGGAGAGUUUUAUGUGUCUCCUCGAGUUUCGCUCUGCGGGAAACUGAUCCUCAGCUGAAGAAUCUGGGCAAACUGGUUUAUUCUGCGUAUUAUACUUCCCCGUGCAUCACGUCUCACACUCACAGUGUGUCUGUCUGUCCCAGUAGACCCAGUAGAGAUGUCCCAGCAGCACCAGUAGAGUCCGGCAGCAACAGAGCGGAGUUGUGUGUGUGUGUGUGUGUGAGAUGAGGCUGUAGUGUCUGAGCUGCAGGAUGGAGAUCCUGGUGGCCAAGCUGCUCGGCCUGCUGGGACUUUUUGGCCUCAUGCUGGCGGGCGUACUGGUCCCAGUGCGCCUCCUGCUGGUCGACUACGACAAGGCGCACAGAUACCGAAGGGCGCUGUCGCUGUGCAACUCCUUCGGUGGAGGUGUGUUCCUCGCAACAUGCUUCAAUGCUCUGCUGCCCGCCGUCAGAGACAAGGUGGGCGACGUGUUCACGCAGCUGAAGAUCAGCAGCGACUACCCGCUGGCGGAGACGAUGAUGAUGCUGGGCUUCUUCCUCACCGUGUUCGUGGAGCAGGCCGUGCUCACCUUCAGGAAGGAGAAGCCGUCCUUCAUCGACCUGGAGACCUUCAACGCCGGCGGCUCCGAGGCCGGCAGCGACUCCGAGUACGACACGCCCUUCAUCUCCUCGGCUCGGGGCUCACCGGGCGGCGGCAGUCACCGCUCGCACGGACACCACCACGGACACUUCAGCCCCGCAGAGCUGGCAGGGGCGGGGCCUCUGCGGCUGGCCAGCCUGGUGCUGGCUCUGUCGGCGCACUCCGUGUUCGAGGGCCUGGCGCUCGGCCUGCAGGAGGACGGCGCCAAGCUGGGCGGCCUCUUCCUGGGCGUGGCCGUGCACGAGACGCUGGCCGCCGUGGCUCUUGGUGUGAGCGUGGCCAAGGCGUCACUCGGCAUGAAGGACGCCGCCAAGCUGGGUGUCACGGUGAGCCUGAUGAUCCCGCUGGGGAUGGUGGUGGGGAUGGGCAUCGAGUCGGCGCAGACACUGGCGGGCAGCGUGGUGUCGGUGGUGCUGCAGGGGCUCGCCGCCGGCACCUUCCUGUUUGUCACCUUCUUCGAGAUUCUGUCCCGAGAGCUGGACGACAAACAGGACCGGCUGCUCAAAGUGCUCUUCCUCAUUCUGGGCUACGCCGCACUCGCCGCACUCGUCUUCAUCAAGUGGUGACACACAGGAAGUGCUCGGACACACACAGGAAGUGCUCGGACACACACACAGGAAGUGCUCGGACACACACACAGGAAGCGCUCGGACACACACACAGGAAGCGCUCGGACACAAACAGCAGUACCAAAGGAAACAAUAACUCCAGAAGGCGGCGGUGUCCAGCUGUGAGAGGCGUAAACAUCUGGAGCAGCUGUUCAAACAGGAAGUGAAAGUUAAAGGCAGAAUGAGAGGAUGUUAUGAACGCAGCGUUAAAAGUUUAACCCCGCGUUCUCAACUCAGAGACAGCAGAGGCGUUUGGCGAGAGAUACGACCUCUGUGGGAGUCUGAAGGUUGGUUUGUUUUGUCUUUUUAGGAAAAUCUCUCAUUCUGCCUUUAACCCUUUGAAGCUGGAGCAAAUUGUCUUGAUUUCUUAAAAAAAAAAAAAAAAAAAAAAAAAAAACGACAUGAAGGCAAAGAGUUUUGAGGAAAAUGACCCAAAUAUUAGCAAGAUAUUAGUAAACAUUCACAAAAAGAUGAAUUUAAUGUCAUUGAGGUUUUUUCCAGACAGGCUCACAGAAGAACAGAGGAUAUUAGCAUCCGGCUCAAGACGCUAAAAACAUUCAAAACAAAUGUUUUCAUCUGUGUGUAAACAUAUAAAAGGAGGUUAAUACAAAAACAAAUAAAUGAAUUAACAGAAAUAAUCAUUUAAGAAUCGACUGUGCAAAAAUAUAAACUGUGAAUACAUAUAAAACGUGAAAAUUAGAGAAAAAAGUAAAAACAGGAAAUGA